AUGAGCGCCCCCCGGGUCAUGAAUUUCUCAAUUCUCUGGGCAUCCCUUGUGGACCCAAGCAAGAUGUUUUCCAUGGCGCUGUCCCUGGCCAGCUCUCCUGUGCCGACCAUCACUCCGGGUGGCUCCUUCUAUCCGCCUCUGCACUCGCUGUCGUAUAUCACCGACAAUAAACAGGGCACGUUUGGCGGCGUGUAUAAUGCGCCUGCAGAAAAGCCUACCAAAGACCACUCGGGGGAUUAUGACUACUGCACAAUGCCCCAUCCCAGUCCGAAGAGCUACUCCGCCCCGACACCCGUGCAAAACCACUCGGUCCAGGCGCAGCUGGUGUAUGUCGAGUAUAUGCAACGACAUCAGCGUCGCACCCCGUACAAUAUCCUGCCAGGGGGUGAGGACCAACCAUACGAGUGUGACAAUGUCUUUCCGUAUCUUUAUUCCGGGCCUGCUGAUGGUGAUCAGUCGCGGGCAUCUCUCCCGGUAUAUGCACAAACAUAUACAGACAACACCAAUCCUUUUGUCACAGGAUACGUCAAUGGUUCUUGCCAAUACCCCCAGCUCACCCUCGGUGGGGUGUUAGACGGGCAUCAGCACGGCCGCGACCUUUGGGCAGUAUAUGGAGAAAAGAUGGGUUUGUUACCGUCUUCACCGAAGUCUCCAAAGGUCUGGUUCAGGUCCAGUAGCUCGGCUCUAACACAGGACUCGGCUGGCGCCGUUCUCCGAGGCAUCUGGCCCGAUCAUACUGGUCCACUGCCAUUGCAUCAGCAGGCAGCCUCCGUGGAUACGGUCAACCAAGGAUUCUCGUGUGCGGCUCGCGACAAACUUCUCUCAAACAUACAGUCCACCGAGGAGUGGAAACGGCAUCUCGAGGCCACGCAGCCCCUGCGCCAUCGACUCGCGACUCUGUUUAAGGCGAACACCACGGACUGGAUGUCCAGCUUUGAUCACUUUGCAGACAAUUUCCAGGCAAGGCUAUGUAAUGGAUACCGGCUCCCGUGUAGCCUAUCCAACUCUUCUGCCUGCGCCACUGCGGAUGAUGCCCAUGAGGUUUUCCGGGCGGGUGAUUGGGAAUGGAACUACUGGUGGCAUCGGAACCAGCAUGCUUCACAAUACAUUCAACUGACAGAGGGACUCUUCUUGCGUGAGAUCGUAAAGCGACUGGGGGCAGUUGCUCAGGGCACUCUUAGCCGUGUGUAUACUCACAAUUUUAUUCAUGACGGUGAUCUGGGGCCUGUGCUUGGGGCUCUGGAUAUUCAGCAACUGCGAUGGCCUGGGAUGGGGUCCAAUAUCGCUUUUGAACUGUGGAAAACCUCGAAUGCUCAAUACCAUGUCCGCGUGCUAUACAGUGGGCACGCAUUGCGGACUGCCCAUGGGACCUUGGAUUGGGUUCCACUUUCAAGAGUGGUGGAUUGGCUGAAGCCUCAUGUGCCAGACGACAUUGUGUCGAUGUGUAAAUCGUAG